AGGCUUGACGCCCAAGGGAAAGGCAUCGAAAGCCACGGUGCAAUGCCCAUUCGCAUGUUCGUAGCAGUGACAUCAAUUCUGUGGAGCGCUGAGGACCUGCCAUGAUUUGUUUGUGUGAACGAGAUAUGACGUGCCUGGGCGGGAAGCUGGAACACUGUCGUGUGCUUGCACUGCACGAAGGGACAAAGCGUCUCUGCCCUUCCCUAGAAAAUCAAACACGUCCCUACUCUUUGACUUCAGACUCAACAUUCACGCAAUUGCAAUCAACCAAUUUUAACCUGCCUUUCCCUAACCCACCGACAAACAACCUCAAUCAUGUCUGAAGCACCGCGUGUCGAGCUCAGCAACACAGAUCUCUCGGAUCUCGCUGACCUGUCUGCCCCUGCCAACCAGCACUCGCAACCUCUGCCUGUAAACGGAAGCGCAAAUCAGGCUUCGACACAGCAGACUGCAGGUGACGCAAAGAACAGCAUCCUGGAGUCAGCACAGAACACCAUGGCUUCCAUCCAGAACCACCCCUCGGUGCAGAACGCGAAGGAGACAGUCCUUAACGGACCCGUUGCUCAGCAGGCCAAAGCAGAGGGCGCAAAGACUCGCGAUGAGUUCGCAGACCUCGCCAACUCCCGUCAGCUUCCUGACCAGAAGACCGCCACUGGUCAGAACCUCACCCACUACCACAGCAUGUUCUACCGCCUCUUAAGCUGGAAGAACCCCCGCGCGACCGGUAUCUCCUUCGCUGCCGCUAUCGUCUUCAUCUUCGCUGCCCGUUACCUGAACAUCAUCCGCUACAUCUUCAAGCUUACCUGGAUUGUGCUUGGUACCACCGCCGCGGCAGAGGUUGCUGGACAGCUUGCUCUUGGAAAGGGUCUUACCUCCCAAUUUAGGCCGCGCCAGUACUUCACCAUCCCCAAGGCAUCGCUCGAGCGUCUGCUCGACGAUGUUGAGCAGCUUAUUAACUUCUUCGUCAUCGAGUCCCAGCGCAUCGUCUUUGCUGAGAACGUCUAUGUUACCAUUGCUGCGUUCUUCGCUUCCCUGAUCUCCUACUUCCUUAUCAAGUUCGUUCCCAUCUGGGGCCUUGCUCUCAUUGCAACCAUCAUCACCUACCUCGGCCCGCUCGUCUACAUCCAGAACAAGGAGACCAUCGAUGCCCAGCUUGAGAAGGGCAAGAACCUUGCCAGCCAGCAGGCUACCCAGAUCAAAGAUCUUGCUAGCAAGCAGGCUGCCAAUGCUUCCCAGACUGUCCAGGGUCUUACCCAGCAGUACACCACCAAGGCUCAGGAGACCAUCAACCAGUAUCGUGGACGUUCUCCCUCCACCGAGAUCAAAAAGAAGGACUUCCCCGCUGCCCCCAACACUGACAUCAAGAGCGAGCCCAGCAGCGAGAUCCCCACAAGGCACGAGCAGGAGCCUCCUCUGGUUCCCCAGACCGCUUUGUAAGUGUCUCUGCAUUGAGCAGUGCACAUAGCAGCUUUCUACCCAGUCAUGGGGGUGAAAGUUUGCAACAUCUGGUCGUUCCUCCCUCGGCUUAAGGCCACCAAUACUCAACACAUUCGCACAUACAUCUUAACGACGACUUCGGAUGACGAUUCCCACGCUCGGUUUCUCACGACAAUGACGAACGGUUCAGAUUGGACAUAUCGGCGCUUGUACAUCAUCUUCUCCUAAAAGCUGAUUCGUCAUCCACUUUAGCGUUGAUAUACUUUUUCCCUUUUCCCUUACUUUUUCACCCGUACGCUCGGGUUCAUCUGGUGUGAAUGAGGGACGUACAAAGUCAUAGGCAUUCAGGAGUUGGUCUCUGUCAGAUACUGUUUCCGGCAUAGUAAUCAUAACUCAUCUUUUAA